CGCUUUUGCCCUUUUUUUUGUUCUUAAUUACAGUUACAGUGCCGGAGGGUCAGAUAAGAAAAGAAGGCGCUCUUGCGGAAGGCGAUUUCAGUCCUUGGGUUUGACGGUUUGGCUAAAGUUCAUCGUUGAAGCAAAGAAAAGAAAAGAAGCAGAAAAGAAGAAGAAGAAGAAGAAAAAGGAGAAGGAAAAGAAGAAUUUCACUGUUAUUCAAGUUUUGGGAGGGAUCUUUCAACAGGAGAAGGGGGAGACAGAAACACUGACAGCGAAGUAGAGGUCGAUAGCAAGGUUUGGAUCCGGUUCCAGCAGGAGAAGAGAAGAAGAAGAAGCUGGAGAGGGAUGAGCAGGGCUUGCAGUCUCUUCCAACUAUGGCACAGUCCUCCAGACACCAGAUUACUACUCUCAAUCACCAAAGGGCCGUACUUGAUACCUAGUGCCAGAAGUUAUCCAGGUCUGUGCUUCUGUAAGGGUUUACAGACUUCUACAUACGAAGUUGUCAGGGGAAGCUAUGUGCCCACCUCCCAGAUUAAACAAGAAAGCAAAAUUGAGGAAAAAUCUCCAGAAAAACUUGAAGGUGUUGGUGCAUUUCAGAAGCUACCGAUGGUAAUGCCAUCCGUUGACAUUCUUUAUUCAGCACUAAGGAAGGCUAAGAAAAUUGCACCAACAAAAGGCAUUGCCAAUAUUGCAAAGAGAGAAAGAAAUAGAGGUGCAAAGCAACUUGAUGCAUUGAUGAAAGAAAUAGCAGUUCCUUUAAGGACUUAUUCGGAGAACUUUCCCAAUAAGAAGUAUCUUCACCCUUAUGAGCGAUCUCUUAUUGAAUUAACUCUCGGGGAUGGAAAUUAUGAACAGGUGUUGGGAAAGGUGGAUGCUCUGAGGAAAAAGGUUGUGUCUGUCGGAAAGGAACAGGCAUCUCUAUGUGCUAAGUCAACGUCGAAGAAGGAAGCAGAGGCAAGACUUUGUGAGGGUUUAAAGAAAGUUGAGGAGACAUAUAUUCGUCAAGGAAAAUAUGUUGAUGAUUUGUUACACAUAGCCAAGUUAUAUAUGCAGACAUUGCGAGCAAUGCCGGUAGUUGAUCUAGAAACACCGACACUUUGUCUUGUUGGAGCUCCUAAUGUUGGGAAGUCAUCUUUGGUUCGUAUACUCUCCACAGGGAAGCCUGAGGUCUGCAACUACCCUUUCACAACAAGAGGAAUACUAAUGGGUCAUAUCAUUUUAAACCAUGAGACUUUUCAGAUGACUGAUACUCCGGGCCUGCUGAAGAGAUGUGAUGAGGACAGAAAUAAUUUGGAAAAAUUGACACUUGCUGUCCUCUCACAUCUGCCAACUGCAGUACUGUAUGUCCAUGAUCUUUCUGGAGAAUGUGGGACCUCACCUACUGAUCAGUUUGUCAUAUACAAUGAAAUAAAGGAGAAAUUCGGUGACCAUCUGUGGCUUGAUGUUGUGUCCAAAUGCGAUCUAUUGCAAGAGUCUCCAGUGCUAUUUGCUACUGAUAAUGGCGAUGAUAAUGAUCUUGACCUGGCAAGGUACCGGAAAUUGGGCCCUGAGGGAGCUCUUCAUGUGUCAGUGAAAAAUGAAGUAGGGCUCCCAGAGUUAAAAAGAAGAGUGCAUGAACUGCUGAAUACCCAAAUGACCAGGAUCCAAAGUCUGGAAACCAACCAAGAAACUCUUCAAGUUCUUACCUGAGAGAUCAUUUUCUAAGUUCAGUGAUUGGUGGCUGCUGGAUGAAAGUAACGAUCAAUUUCCAAAUUUCUUCAUUCCCAAGGAUGAGAAGCCACCUGUGAACACGCUAAGCCGUGCCUCAUCAGAAGCUGAAAAUCUGGAGCGUGCAAGUGCUUGCCAAUAAUGGAUUGCUGAGUUUUCAGAUUGCUUGGUCUAUUGCCAUUGUGAAAAUCUACUUGGCGACUGAGAUGAAAUAUAGGAGCUUAUUAAAUGCAUUGAAUACUGCACCAACCUCCUACUCAUACUGAGUGAAGGAGGGAAAAAAGUAUGUUAGGUAUUUCUGUUUUCCUGCUUAGUUGGUGACAAGCUGUAUUAAAACAGUCGCCUACAUUUGCAAGAUGAACUGUUGAUAUUAUUUUAUAGAUCGCAUGUAUAGGUUUUUCCCCGUUGAUAAAGUAAAUAUACCCGUAGACAUUAAGCUUUGCUCCUUUCGUAGUCUUGAGA